ACCCCCUGCAAGAAUGCGAUCACACGACAGAAAACAAGUCAUUGUGUUGCCUUCCCUCCGUCGAGUCAGCUCCAAAAUGCAGCAGCUGAUCCUGCUCGUUCUCCUGGCGUCAUUUUGGACAACUUGCACAAAAGCAGGAGAUUGGUGUUAUCAGUCCCAGUUUGCCUGUGAUCAUCAGUGCAAUGAGCCAGCCAAUUGGAACCACGCCCACAGCGACUGUGAAGGAAGAUACCAGUCGCCCAUCAACGUGGUCACCAGAAAGACUCUAAAAGACGAGCGACUUACUCCCUUCCAGUUCAGCAACUACCAGCAGAUCUUCAAAAGCACAAUCAAGAACAACGGCCACUCGGUUCAGGUUGGAGUUCCCAACCUGAGCAUCAUCUCGGAUGGGGGCCUACCAGGCGGCUACAAGGCCGUGCAGUUCCACCUGCACUGGGGCAACAAUGGAGGGCCUGGCUCCGAACACACCAUCGAUGGGGAGCAGUAUCCCAUGGAGCUGCACAUUGUUCACAUGAAGCAGCAUUACACUGAUCUGACAACAGCGCUGUCAGACCCGGAGGGAGUGGCUGUCCUUGGGUUCUUCUACGAGAGGUCCACCAGCGCCAACCGGAAGUACGAGCCCAUCAUCAAGGCUCUGCAGAACAUCAAAGCCGCAAAUGGAAAUACGUCUUUAAAUUCCAUCUCCCUGGCCCAACUGAUCCCACCUGAGAAGAAUCUGACCACAUAUUACCGCUACAAGGGCUCUCUGACCACCCCAGGGUGCACCGAGGCUGUGAUUUGGACUUUGUUUGAGAAUCCCAUCCCUCUGAGCAUGGAACAGCUGCGGGCCUUCUCUGAGCUCAAGUUCCCAAAUGGGAAGCAGAUGGUGGGGACCUUCCGGCCGGUGCAGCCCCUGAACGGCCGGCAGGUGUCUCGGUCGGGAGGCGCAGUGAUCCUGUUGAGUUCCGCCCUCCUCGUGGCCGCCAUCGCCACGGCCUUCGGACUGCCCCAAGUCAACUAGAGCGAGGCGUCCCGUGCUGCACUGCGACAUCCAUGAACACCCAAACGUUUUGCGUCCCUCCUCAGCUGAACCCCGGUCUGUAACAUCUUCAACCGCAUGGUCGCUAAGAUGAUCGACCCCGUCGUAGUGCAGGCGCGCCUCUCCCGGUGUUCCUCCCUCACAGCACAUAUGACCAGGGCGUUCAAGGAGCGCCUUGCGAACUGUGCUGUGAGGGUUUGGUCAGCAUCCGUGCAUGCAUAGUGAGGCCGUAGGUCUCAUUUCAGCGUUAUGAAUGUGCCAUGAUGAAGGCAAUCAAGGUCAUCAAGGCCUCAAAGCGGCAACUGAAUUCACAACAUUAGAUUCCGUGGUCACGCCCUCGUAUUCCCUCACAGUGUCAUCCCAUGAAAGCCAGCACGCUCUCGUACACUUUAGACCUCAUCCUCCUUGGCCAAUGUCAAGUCAAUUUAGUCUCUACUGCAUGUCAGCGUGAGUUGCCAUUUUUUUUUUUGCGCUCUGAGAAACAAGAUCCCCAUGACCUGGGUGACGUGAAGCGCUGUACUCAGCAGGGCAUGUGAGCGCCACCGAGCUAUUAAUAGCAGAACAGAGUGAAAUAAACACGCUCCAUUUCGAAGCCUGUCGUCAAAGGAGUCAGCAAUUGGACUCUUCUUACAAGGUCUAGAAGCACACAGCACGGCCAUCAGGUGAAUGCCACUCCGUCAGCACAGCCGUUGGUUUGAGGAGGCGGGGCAGGCCACAGGUGUGAGGUCUUGCCUUUACCCACGGGAGUCCAGUGUUUAGGACCAUUUCCACCCAAAGCUAGAGGCUGCUGACACCUCGCACACAGAUGAAGCAGAAGAGAUGGUAAAGCUAUCGAGAGACAGGGUUUCAGAGGCAUGAGGGAGCAUCCUCAGAGCGAGAAUAACAACGUUGUUAUAAUUUAUGCAUCUUAGAUACCCGCACAAGUCUGUAUAUCCUGAUGUUCCAGAUGUUCCUAAAGAGUGCAAGUGUACAUGGCCGCUGGAGUGAAGCUGCACACACAUAAAACAUGCUAGCCAAAUUCAUACAGACACAACUGGGCCACUCCAUUUCUCCUUUUGGACCCGUGAAGUUCAGUGAGCUUGUCUUGAGAACAUGUGUUGAUGGUUUGUAUUACAUGGUUUCAGAUGCACUGAAUGUUAUAGACUGUGAAUUACACCCUACUGAGUUCUCACUCAUUUAUUUCUCACUUAUCUAUUCUAGCAAGAGAUCUGUGCAAUUUGCCAGAAGGAUUUGCUGUGAUGAUCGCACAAGGAAUUUGUAUAUUUUCCAUGGUUUCAUAAAGCAGAGUUACAUUUCUAUGCUCUGUCAUUGUAUAGUCAUUUAUGUACUGAAUGUUUAUAUAUUGAUAGGAGACGUGCAGUUAUUGUUAUUUAUGUAUUGCAGAAGUUUAUAAUAUGUAUUACUGAAUGCAGAACCAUAUAUGAAGCAUCAAGUUGUCCACAAGCAAUCAAGUUGUCUUAUGCUGUAAUACUUGAAAGUGUCAUGGUGAAUGUCUUCCGACUGAACAAAUGAAUAAACUGCGUACAUACAUUUUUAA